AUGACGACGGCUAGUCGUUUCCACGUCGCGGCAUGCCCAACGCUGACCAAAUUCUGCGAAACCCGCCCGUCGCCGACGAUGCGCCGUGACGAGAAGAUUCGUGCGCUGGCACGAUCCGUAUCUUCGCCACAGCCCUCCGUGCGCUCUCCGUUCGCGCUCGUUGAGUCUCCAAUUUUGCAAAGACGUUCUGUUUCCCUGAGUAGCCCUAUAACGGCAAGGCAUUGCAUUACGAAGCGAUUGGCUCGCGGUCUCUCCGAUCCUUGUAUUCGACGUCCGAGUUUCAGCUCUCAACAACUCAGCCCGAAGAUUCCAGAAGAGAAUCUAGGUUUACCACCGAUUCCCGAAGCUGCCACCCCCGUGACGCCGAUCACGCCGAAUAUGGAUCUGAAGGAGGAUGAAGAAAAUGAGGACUUGGAUUCGUCCCAGAAGUCGUGA